AUGAUUAAUUUAAAUGAAAUUAAACUUAAACUUUCUAGUUCUGUCAGUGAUAAGGAGGAAAAGUUGAGAAAAUUAAAAAUGGUCCAAAUGUACAGGAAAAAGAAUGAUCUGAGUAAGUUGGAAGUAUUGAUACAAAAGUGGAGAAAUGUCUCUCAAGAAGCAAUCCGAGAUCUACGACAAAUGUUACCAGAGCCUAAACCUAGUUUACAUGAUUUGAUACAACAUUUACAAAUUGAUAUCAAACUCCUGAAAUAUAACAGUGAGAGUGAUGAUUUUGAUUAA